AUGUCGGGCUGGAAGUACGCGUUUGCCCUGAGUAAGGAGGAAAUUGCAAGGGCAACACCGCCUGGAACGGCAAAGUUGAUAGACCCAGCAGACCCUCUCAAUUGGGCACAAUGGCGCAAAUUUGCACUUUUGUUGACUGUGUCACUAUACUCUUUUGCCGGCAACUUCACCAGUUCGGGCAUCGCACCGGCGUUGCAACUAUGGUUCAAGGCCUUCCCGACAGACGUCAGGCCAUUCAGCGACCUUACCUACUUUAUCGCGGUCAAUAUUCUGUUCCUCGGAGCGUCCAACAUUUGGUGGGUCCCUCUUUCGAACAUCUUCGGUCGGCGACCCGUGCUGCUGGCCGCAACGCUCCUUAUGACGAUCGGCACUAUUGCGUGCGCUGUCUCAACAACCUACAACGGCGUUCUCAUCUCUAGAUUGUUCCAAGGCAUUGGAGCCGGUGCGUCAGAGUCUGUCGCCCCAGCACUUAUCGGAGAGGUCUUUUUCGUGGACGAGCGAGGACGUGCCAUGGCCAUCUACACCGUUUUCCUCGCGGGCGGCUCUUUAAUCGGCGGAAUAGCGGGCGGGUAUAUCGGCUUCCAACUAGGCUGGUUCUAUAUCUUUUAUGUCGGCAUAGCCCUCUCUGCCGCCUGCUUCGUCACCACCCUCUUCUUCGUCCCCGAGACCCUCUAUGACCGCGUCGUAUCCCCAAGCCUCGACGCCGCCGGCCCCAGCCAGUCGCCCAUUGACGAAAAGGGCAUGGAAAGCCACGUCGAAGACGCGCAGAGCCAGGUUCUAGACUAUCGACCCUUCACCUUCGGACGGUCCCUGGGUUUCACCCACUACCACGGCGGCGUCGUGCGCAAUUUCCUCGCUCCCUGGAAGACGUUGAGGUUGCCAGGUACAUGGGUCGUUAUGUUUCACUACGCAGGCCUCGUCGGCGGCAUCGUCACCAUCUCCACGGUCGGGCCCCAGCUCGUGGCGGCACCGCCGUACCUCUGGGGCGCCAACGUCGGGCUGAUCAACAUUGGAGGCGUCAUCGGGACCGGCCUGGGCGCUCUCUACACGUAUCUCCUCGCCGAUGCUCAGCUGAAGAAGAAGGUCAAGAGUUCGGGCAGCGGGCUGGCGGAAGCGGAGAGUAGGUUGCCGACCAUGUUUCCCUCGCUCGUCAUCGCCACGGGCGGGUUCUUCGUCUUUGGCUUCACGGGCCAGUACCCGUCCAAGAAUGGCUGGGUCGGUCUCUCGGCAGGGUUUGCCAUGGUGUCGUUUGGUCUGAUGCAACUACCAUCCGUCGGCUUCAACUAUCUCAUCGAUGCGUAUCAGCAUCUUGCUGGCGAUUGCUUCGUCAUGGUCACGAUCAUGCGAGCAAUUAUUGCGUUUGCGUGGACAUUCUUUGUGGCGCACUGGGUCGAGGAGAAGGGAACCUCAGAACCGUUUGGUAUAUUUGGUAUGCUAAUGGGAAUAUUUUCUCUUUUAACGAUUCCUCUAUGGCUCUUUGGGAAGAGGAUGAGAAUUGCCACCAGGAAGCUGGUAGAGGCAUGA